UUAAUAGACUCGAUUCCGCUUCACUGUUCUUCCUCUUUCUCCCACACCACAACCCUUCUCUUCUGCUCCUUUUCCUUCGCUCAACCCACAAACACAAAUCCCAAAUCAAAUCGAUCCAUUUAUGUAAACGAAAAUCUCCAGUCUUUCAACCACACUUUUGAAUUUUGAUUCAAUAUAUCAUGGCUGAAACUUUGAGCUUGAUCGAUAAUAAUAUUAUCGUCACUCAAAAACCCAUUGAUCGUGGAAACCCAGGUGGGGAAUCGACGGAAUCUUUAGCUCCGCCGGAUAAAUCUCCUUUUAGAAGGAUUGAGUUUCACCAAGCCAGAAAGCCGUUCACUGGGUUCACUAAUGGAGGCGGCGAUGGGAGUUUUCGGCUUGAAACGCUCAAUCCUGCGACGACGAGCUCGAAAAAUACACAUGGGAAUCAGCAGAGCGUGGGGUUGGACACUGUUGGUGGUGGGUCUUUGGGUAAGAAAAGAGAUGCGUCGGAGUUUGAAAACGGGUUGGAUCCGGAACUCAGUUUUGGGAUUACCUUCAGGAGAAUCGGUGCUGGAUUGGAGAAUCUUGGGAAUACUUGCUUUCUUAAUUCAGUACUGCAAUGUUUAACAUAUACAGAGCCUUUAGCUGCAUAUUUACAGAGUGGAAAACAUCAAGUUACUUGUCGGAAAGCUGGAUUUUGUGCUUUGUGUGCUAUUCAGAAGCAUGUCAGCCGUGCACUACAGUCAUCUGGGAGAUCAUUGGCACCUAAGGAUCUGGUUUCAAAUUUGCGUUGCAUAUCUAGAACCUUCCGGAAUUCAAGACAAGAGGAUGCCCAUGAGUACAUGGUAAAUUUGUUGGAAUCUAUGCAUAAGUGUUGCUUACCUACGGGAGUGCCUAGCGAAUCUCAAAGUGCCUAUGAUAGAAGUUUGGUACACAAGAUAUUUGGCGGCCGCCUCCGUAGUCAGGUGAAAUGCAUGCAGUGCAACUAUUGCUCUAACAAGUUUGAUCCAUUCUUGGAUUUAAGUCUGGAGAUCUUGAAGGCAGACACCCUUUAUAAGGCGUUUGCAAAUUUCACCGCUAAAGAACAGUUAGAUGGAGGAGCUAAGCAAUAUCAGUGCCAGCAGUGCAAGCAAAAGGUCAAGGCUCUCAAACAGCUUACAAUUCACAAGGCGCCCAAUGUCCUUACCGUCCACCUGAAACGCUUUGGUUCCCAUAUGUCAGGACAAAAGAUUGACAAGAAAAUCCAAUUUGGUUCUACUUUGGAUUUGAAACCUUUUGUGACCGGUCUAUAUGAUGGAGAUUUGAAGUACACUCUUUAUGGUGUUUUGGUUCAUGCUGGUUGGAGUACACAUUCUGGUCACUAUUACUGCUUUGUUCGGACGUCUAGUGGCAUGUGGUACUCACUUGAUGACAAUCGGGUCAUUCAAGUCAGUGAGAAAAAGGUUUUUGAGCAGAAAGCCUACAUGCUGUUUUACUUUCGAGAUAGGAAGAGUUUUCCAUCAAAGAAGCCUGCAGAUGUUGUUCAUCAGAAAGAGAAGAUUGUGAUGAAUGGUACACUUAAUGGCUCCAGUGCACGAAAAGAGACCCAAAUGAAUGCUGGUCUAAGUAACAGGUCAUUAAAUGCUCAUAAAUCUUUGGCUACUGUUGGUGCUGAGAGGAAUGGGUUUGGUCCCAAUGUGCCAAAAGAGACCCAAAUGAACAACGCUUUUCCUUGCCAUUGUUUUUGGAUGAUUUCAGUUCCUCGUUGGGACGAGGAUGAGUCAACACCAUAUCAGAUAAGAGAAACGACGCGUGUUCGCACCAUUGGUUAUGUUGGAGACGAAUGGGACGAAGAAUAUGACAGAGGAAAGAGGAAGAAAUUAAGGAUUUCGAAAACUGAAUUUGAUGGAAAGAACCCGUUUCAAGAUAUUGCAAACGAGAGGUUAAAGGGGGUGCAUGCAGAAAAACAACAGUUGUCGAAGAGACCUUCAAAAAGCAAGGCGUUUAACGAGUCGCGAUCUGGUAACAGACCUAUCAGGAUAUGAUGAUGAUGAUGCCGAAACUGAUCCAAGAUUUUUGUUUCUGAGAAGUGAGAAUGCCCGACAUAUUUUACCAGGUAUUUUCUUAGAAAAUUCUUUUUGCGGUUUGUAGAUUUUGCUGGAGGGUGUGGGAGUAAUUUUUGUUUUGAAAUUAGGGUUUUGUUUUGAAUUGAUGAUGAUGGUAAAAAAAUGUAUGCUUUUUCUAUAUUUUGAACUCGAUGUACGUUUAAACAUGUUUACUUGUGGGUUAUCAAGACUUGGAUCCAAAUAAAGCAAUUUAAGGGGAUUGAUCCAAUUCCUUCUCUA